AUGACCAUACCUAGGUUGGAGCUGUGUGCUGCCUUACUACUCGCCAAGCUAGUUGCCAAGGUAGCUCCAACGCUGAAGCUGUGUUUCGAUGGAGUCAAGUUGUGGUCGGACAGUAAAAUAGUACUGGCCUGGAUCAACAAACCCCUGGAUCGGUUGCAGGUUUAUGUUCGUAACCGUGUAGCUCAAAUCAAGCAUCUGACCGAUCGUUACGAAUGGAGUUACGUGAAUACUUUGAAUAACCCAGCUGACAUUGUUUCACGGGGAAUACCGCCAGACUUGCUGAAGCAGUGUGGUGGAAUGGACCAACAUUCCUCAGCACAACCGACCAUAGAGUCGGAGCCGGUCUUUGAACGGUUCAGCUCAUUCACCAAAUUGCAGCGAGUUCUGGCACAGGUGGUUCGAUUCGUCCGACUAGUUCGAACCCCUAAGGAGCAGAGGAUGCUAUCCAGUGCCUUGACCGUUCAAGACAUGCGAAAGGCCGAGAUUUUCAUCGUUAGAAUUCUGCAGCAGAGUGAACUUCAUGAGGAGAUCCAGAGUAUCCAGCGAGGCGAUUUCCCGAAACGAAUGGCCAACUUGCAGCCGUUUAUCGACGACGAAGGAUUACUACGAGUCGGAGGGCGCUUGCAAAACUCCAAGCUACCUUUCGAAGCCAAGCACCAGUUGCUGCUUCCUCGGAAACAUCGUGUUACGGAAAUGCUGAUACGCAAAUACCAUGAGGACCGUCUACACGAGGGCCAAUCCGGAUUAUUGGCCGCCAUUCGGCAGAAAUUUUGGUUGACGAAUGCACGAUCCGCUAUACGUAAGGUGAUCCACGGUUAUGUUAAAUGUUUCCGGACGAAGCCACGGAGCAUCCAGCCUCUGAUGGGUGUGCUCCCUGAAGCACGAGUCACCGAGCAUGCGCCAUUCGAGCUGACCUUCGUGUACUAUGCCGGACCGAUACUUGUGAAGGAAGGCAAACGCAAGCCGAAGGUAGUGAAGGCGUACAUCUCACUAUUCGUAUGCCUGUCAACGAAAGCCAUCCACCUCGAAUUAGUAUCCGACCUGACCUCUGAUGCUUUCCUUGCCGCUCUCGACCGUUUCAUCAAUCGCCGCGGUCUUGUCCGCAAGCUAUUUUCGGACAAUGGGACCAAUUUUGUUGGGGCUUUGAAGGAGCUUCGACAUCUACGUGAUAUGUUCAACGACCAGGUGGAGCGGAACAAAAUCAACGACUUCCUGAUCGGCCGAGAAGUUGAAUGGGAGUUUAUUCCGCCGAGAUCACCUAAGUUCGGAGGAUUAUGGGAGGCCGGAGUGAAGAUAGUGAAGUCCCAUCUCACCAGAACUCUCGGGAAUACAACUCUAACAUUCGAGCAAAUCAGCACUGUGUUGACCCACAUCGAAGCUAUUGUCAACUCUCGACCGCUAUAUUCCACAUCAGAUGAUCCCAACGACCCUCAACCGAUAUCGCCUGCACAUCUAAUGCUUGGUCGACCAAUGGAACCGGUGAUCAAGCCAUCGUAUUUGGAUGCAGCAGCAUGCGAGGCUGUGCGGACACUGACAUCAAUCAACGCAUCCGAUUCGUCAUCGACCACCGACGCGGCGCUCACACACUCACCCGAGCCGACGGAACCGAAGCUACCUGCUCUGCGAGAGAUCAGAGAAGCCCACCAUGAUCCAACUCAACUAACUGUGCGUAAGCGCAGUGGAGAGGAUGGCAAACCGGAUUUGUCCGUUGGGCUUGGAUCAACCAAUGGCGAACGAGCAAAGAAGAUAAACAAACCCUACUCCAUUUCCCGUGUGGAGAUCGCGACGAUGGCCUCAGUCGUAAUGGUGAUCGUCAUCAUGUGA